AUGAGUCCAACGAUGUCGGACAAUGGAAGAGAAUCCACCGAGGAGUCAGAGAUAUUUUGGCACCCUGCUCGUGAAUGGCUAGAAGAAGAUGAGCCUGAAACCGAUUAUCACCCCGCGCGAGAACCAUCCGAGGAUGAUGGUGCAUGGGAGGAUGACAUAUCCAAUGCAGAUGAGCAUAUGGGGGCGGAGAUGACAUACGAAAAUCCCCGCAUCAAUAUUGGAAGCAUCCAGAUCGAGCUGACAACGGAUGACAGCGAGGAUCUGAAUGGUUUGAAUGGGGGUCAGAGACAAAUCCCAGCUACUCGAUGGUUUGAAUUGCUUGCGUCCAGUGGUUUACAAGAUAUUCUUCACUCCGCUGGCUGGCCGACUACCUUUGAAGAAGAACACGAACAGCUAGGAGCCGAAGAAGACGACCUCAGCGACGAAGAAUUUAUGCCUAUGUUUCGAAAUCGCCUUCGAGCCAGGAGACCCCGGGGCGCCGCUAAACUUCCGCCGGUUCCUAAUCCAGAGGGCCAGAAGUUGAUGCGCGAGGGGCAUUUUGGCACUAAUCAAAAUUACGUUGACCGACUUAAACAGCGAAAAAGGCACUUUGCGACAGGCCUGAUGUGGCGAGAGCUUGGUAUUGACCCUUAUGGAGUACACAAAAGAGCCAGCCAAGCAAUCUUCCAGGGGUUGAUUCCAAGUUCAGUUGCGGACAGAAUUAUUCAUUUCGAGACACGAAGUUAUUCAGGCCAAUUCUCAGACGAUGGGAACUUCUUCUUCUGCUGCGCACAGGACUUCAAGGUUCGGAUGUAUGAUACAUCUAAUCCUUAUGACUGGAAAUAUUACAAGACUGUCGAUUAUCCAUUUGGUCAAUGGACCAUCACAGAUGCGACAUUGAGCCCAGACAACCGCUUCCUUGUCUAUAGUUCAAUACGAAGCCAAGCCUACAUGACUUCCACAGACCCAGAAGACAAUUCGGAACCUACUAUCCUAGAUUUAUCUACUCCACCCGGUCAAAGACUAAGACGGAGCUGGGGAAGUUCGCAUUUUGGGAUCUGGUCUCUAAGAUUUUCAGGAGAUGGACGUGAGAUUGUUGCAGGAACAUCAGAAGAUUCAGUCAUCGUUUAUGAUCUGGAAACAAAUCAGCCAGUUCUCAAUCUGCGAGACAGGCACCAACAUCAUGUCAAUGCUGUGUGCUAUGGCGAUACCUCGUCACCACAUAUCCUAUACUCUGGUUCAGACGACACGACACUACGCGUUUGGGAUCGACGGUCGAUGGGCGAUGGGCGCGAAGCUGGUGCAUUUAUGGGACACACGGAGGGACUGACGUACGUUGACAGCAAAGGCGACGGCCGAUACGUCUUGUCCAAUAGCAAAGACCAAACGAUGAAGCUUUGGGAUCUCCGAAAAAUGAUGACAACCGCCGAUAUCGAAAAGAUUGAUAUCGCCAACUACACAACCGGCUUUGACUACCGCUUCGAGCAGUAUCCAGCCCAGUACCGCAGAAAUGCCCAGGAGGAUUGCUCUGUUGUUACAUAUCAGGGCCAUCGCGUCCUCAAGACUCUAAUCCGCUGCCAUUUCUCGCCACCUGCUAGCACAGAUUCGCGUUAUGUGUACAGUGGUAGUGAAGAUGGCAAGGUUUAUGUGUACAACUUGGAUGCCACAUUGGCUGGGACAAUCGACGUCGGUGAAGCAACUCUUAACUCACGACCUCGCGAUCCAGAUGCUUAUGCUACGGCAUAUGAAAUGAGUGGGGAGAUGUUGUGGAAGACUUGCGUUCGGGAUGCGAGUUGGCACCCAAGCACGCCGGUUCUAGCAGCAACUUCUUGGAAUGGCUGGGGAUUAUCAACCGGCACUUGCACGGUACAUUCAUGGAAUGCCGGUGCCGCCAAAGACGAGGGUGACCCUCCGGCGGGCAAGAGUUAUGAUGACAAGCUUCGAGAUAUCGCGGAGUUCAACGAAUACCGUGAAAAUGCACUCCAUAGGCGCCCUCAACUACCAAUACGCAGUAGGCCUGUGCGUCGUUUGGUUGUUGAUGAGGCAGAGGACAUUCUCUGGUAG